AUGGAGAGCCUGCUAGAGAACCCGGUGCGCGCCGUGCUCUACCUGAAGGAACUCACGGCCAUCGUGCAGAACCAGCAGAGCCUCAUCCACACCCAGCGCCAGCGCAUCGACGAGCUGGAGCGGCGGCUGGACGAGCUGAGCACCGAGAACCGCAACCUCCGCGGCCAGCAGCCAGCCCCCGCCGAGCCGCCGGCGGCCCCCGCGCAGCUCCAGGGGCCCCCGCCCGAGCAGCUGCCACCGCCGCCGCCAGGGCAGCCAGACUCGCUUCAGCACCACGAACAGCUCCCGGCGCAGCAGCCGCCACCGGCGGCAGGCAAGCAGGCACCCGCGGGCCCUGGCGGCGGCGGCCGGGCUCCCGGCCACCAGCACCUUCCUCUACAGCCCCACCAGCACCCCCCGGAGAAGGACGGUAGGGAGAAGGGCUGCUGCGCCGCUCUGCUCCAGCACAAGACUACCCAGGCCAUCGGCAAAGGCGUCCUGAGCCGGAGACCGGAGAAUGCAACUGUUUUACACCAGUUCUGUUGCCCAGCAGCUGAUGCAGAGCAGAAGCCUCCAUCUCCAGACUCCUCAUCAAGUGACGAUCCCAGCGGGUCGACAAGCAAGAGAGCCGGGUGUGAGACAGAGGAUCCGGAGGAGGCCGGCAGACAGAGCGGCCAGGAGGGGAGGUCCGGCGCCCUGACGCUGCAAGGCCAGCCCGCGGCGCUGGCGGAAGAGCAGGCGGCCGGCGGCUCCCCGCUGGUGCCGAAGGCAAGCCUCCACCACACGGGCUCCCCAGUGCGGGUGCAGCGCAGCAAGGGCACGGCCUCCUGUUCCCAUGCAGCUGCCUCCGAUUAUGAGCUCUCCCUUGACCUAAAGAAUAAACAGAUCGAAAUGCUAGAGCACAAAUACGGCGGGCACCUGGUGUCUCGCAGGGCAGCCUGCACCAUCCAGACUGCCUUCAGGCAGUACCAGCUCAGCAAGAACUUCGAGAAGAUCCGCAACUCCCUGCUGGAGAGCCGCAUGCCACGACGCAUCUCCCUCCGCAAGGUCCGUGUCCAGAACUCAGAGAGCUUCUCUGCGGAGAAAGCCCUGGUGGAGGGCUACAACUUCGUGGGCAUCCCUUUGGUGAGAUCCCCAUCUUUGCCAGCCACCAUCAGUGGGGCUCUUACUGAACUGGAGGACUCCUUCACGGAACAAGUUCAGUCCCUGGCUAAGUCUAUCGAUGAUGCCCUCAGCACCUGGAGCCUGAAGACCAUGUGCUCGCUGCAGGACGGGAGCUCGUAUCAGAUAAGGGAGACCUUCAGUGCUAGCUCAGUGCAGCCAAACCAAGACUUUGAAGCUGAGCUGCAGGACAAGGAGAAGGAGGAAGGGCUCCUGCCAGAUACUCUGCCCAAGAGCAGCAGCACUCUCAUGAUGGCUUUUCGAGAUGUCACAGUCCAGAUUGACAACAAGAACAUCUCUGUCUCAUCAUCUACCUCGGUGUCCAUGGCAAACUGUCUCAGCAACAAAGCCCAGGCUGAGCUCUCUCAAGCUACCAAAGCUGAAGAAAGCCCAGGAGAAAGGGAAGGAGAAGCCAGUGAGCCACUGGCUGCCCCAGAAAGCUUGCCUGAGUCUGGAGAUCUCCAGAACAGACACACCUUCACUGAGGCAGAUGUCAGCACUAAUGGCACAGGGGACAGCAGUGUUGAGCCUGGGCAGAUGGCAGUGCAGAAGCUGCAGUUUGAUUCUAGCAAUGAGACAGGGCAAAACAAAGGCUCUGAGUCUGAGAAUGCAGACAAUUCAGAGCAGCUGAGCAGCAGCAGCACCUCCACUUCAGCCAAGUCAGCCUCUGAGGUGUCCUCAAAAGAAGCACUGCAGGCCAUGAUCCUCAGCCUCCCAAGGUACCACUGCGAGAAUCCAGCUAGCUGCAAGUCCCCCACCCUUUCCACAGACACCAUGAGGAAGCGUCUCUACCGCAUCGGCCUGAACCUCUUCAACAUAAACCCAGACAAAGGGAUCCAGUUCCUGAUUUCCCGGGGCUUCAUCCCUGACACCCCCAUCGGGGUGGCACACUUCCUGCUGCAGCGGAAGGGGCUCAGCCGCCAGAUGAUUGGGGAGUUCCUGGGCAACAGCAAGAAGCAGUUCAACAGGGAUGUCCUGGACUGCGUGGUGGACGAGAUGGACUUCUCGGGCAUGGAGCUGGACGAAGCCCUGCGGAAAUUCCAGGCCCACAUCCGUGUGCAGGGCGAGGCGCAGAAGGUUGAGCGGCUCAUUGAGGCUUUCAGCCAGAGGUACUGCAUGUGUAACCCAGAUGUGGUCCAGCAGUUUCACAACCCCGACACCAUCUUCAUCCUGGCCUUUGCAAUCAUCCUCCUCAACACGGACAUGUACAGCCCAAACAUCAAGCCUGAUAGGAAGAUGAUGCUGGAGGACUUCAUUCGCAAUCUAAGAGGGGUGGACGAUGGUGCUGACAUCCCCCGGGAGCUGGUGGUGGGGAUCUAUGAGAGGAUCCAGCAGAAGGAGCUGAAGUCCAACGAGGACCAUGUGACCUAUGUCACUAAAGUGGAGAAGUCCAUAGUUGGAAUGAAAACGGUUCUGUCUGUGCCCCAUCGCCGGCUGGUCUGCUGCAGCCGCCUGUACGAAGUGACUGAUGUGAACAAAGUGCAGAAGCAGGCAGCUCACCAAAGGGAAGUUUUUCUCUUCAAUGACCUGCUGGUGAUCCUCAAGCUUUGCCCCAAGAAGAAGAGCUCCUCAACAUACACAUUUUGCAAGUCAGUUGGCCUGCUGGGAAUGCAGUUCCAUCUGUUUGAGAAUGAAUAUUACCCCCAUGGCAUCACACUGGUGACUCCAGUUUCAGGCUCGGAGAAGAAGCAGGUACUGCACUUCUGUGCUCUCGGAGCUGAGGAAAUGCAGAAGUUUGUGGAAGAUCUGAAAGAGUCAAUAGCAGAAGUCACAGAGCUGGAGCAGAUACGAAUUGAGUGGGAGCUGGAGAAACAGCAAGGGGCAAAGCCUCUCUCGUUAAGGACCAAUGGAGCCCAGAUGGAGCUACAGCCUAAGCAAGGCUCUCCAACAGGCAAGAAGGAUGUGGGGGAGAAGGUUUCAGACAGCACAGUGGAGGUGUCAAUUCACAACAGGCUUCAAACGUACCAGCACAACUCCACCCCGGGGCCCAAGAGUGGGAUGCAGCCCAGCACGCGGCUUAACGUGCCACGGGAGCAGCUGGAGGCAGCACUGGUGCCCUCGCACCCCGCCUCGGCGGGGACCCUUGUGCAGUGCCAGCAGAUUGUCAAAGUCAUCGUCCUGGACAAGCCCUGCCUGGCCCGCAUGGAGCCGGCCCUCAACCAGACUCUGACUCGCUACGUCACCUCCGACUCCUGCACCUCCACCCCCUGGCGCGCUGUGGGCAGCGGGCUCCCCGGCACCCCCAUGAAGCUGCUCCAUCAGCCUCCCCUACCCCCUCCCCCGCCUCCCUACAACCAUCCCCACCAGUACUGCCCCCCCAGCUCCCUGCUUCAGAGGCGCAGGUACUCCAGCGGCUCACGCAGCCUGGUGUAG